AAACGACCGCCAUUUUCUUUUUCGUUAUCCACCGAUUACACCAUCUGCGUGGUUUCUUCUUCGAAUAACUCAACAUUAACGUUGUACAACAUUUCAUGCAGCCACGAUCUUAAUUUCAUCAAAGUGUUGAUGCAGUUUAGUUUAGAAAAAGGAGGGAAUAGUGAUUUGGUUUAGAAAACUUUUAAAACAAUGACUGAAGAUACAAAUACUGUGCGAUUAAGCUAUAAAGACUACGAAUUCGAGGUCACUGUUGAUCUAGACACUUAUAAUAAGAUAAACAACGAUGAAGUUUACAAAAAUGACUUCGCUCGUCAAACAUACGAGUCCUUAGAAAGCGAUGGUCACUUCAUAGGUGACGAUGAUGGCAACGGGAAGAUUGAGGCUUUAGAAGAUGACAUAGAUCUUGAUAUAAAGCCUAGAGCACCUAGCUUCAAGUGGUCCAAGCCAGCCAUAGACCAUCUGGUAAAGUUACGAUUUAGUAAAAAUGACUUAUUCAACUCUCCAAAGACAAGGAAGUCGGACUUAUGGCAUGCCAUUGCUGUGACCCUCAGUGAGAAAUUCCCCGGGAUCACUGCCGAAAUGUGCGACGCUAAAUACCGAAACCUGGUGCACACAUACAAACUGAACAAGCAGAGAGAAUGUAGAUAUGGUGUUGAAACAGUCAAAUGGGAAUACUUCCAGCUGUUUGACAAGAAUUUGGGGCUACGACUUAGAUUACCUGAACCCGGAAUGGACUGUUUAGACUCCUUAGUGGAUGAAAGUGUAGACACCUCACGUUUUCUCAAAGAAGAUUUGUUAAUGUUAGAGUCACCGCCGCCCAGUCCACCAGGGAAGUCCAAGAAGUAUACCCGAGACCUACGGUUAACACAAUACCUCCGCAUUAGGGCAGAAAAUGAUGCCUUGAACAUGAAACUGAAGGCUAGGAUUUGGAAAGAAAAGAAACAGAUCAAAGAGAGAGAAAUAGCUGCCAUCUUGCAGCUAGCCAAAGCACUGAAAAAUAAGAAAUGAUGAUAUAACUAUUUCAAGGUUUAAUUUUAAUUAUGUUCCUACAUCCAACUGGUAUUCAAUCUGUUUCUCUUGUUUGUAGGUAACCUAAAUAUUUUGUAACAAAAAUACUGGCAAAGAUUUUAUUUU